UACUGGAGAGAGACAGAGAGACACAGAGACACAGAGAGAGAAACAGGUCCAGCAGGAAGAAACGUUCUCACUGUUCCAGAAUUUCUUUGACAGAGGACAUCCAACUUUAUCAUCAUCUUCAUAAUCAUCAUCAUCAUCAUCCAUGUUGCAGCAGCUCUGGAGGUUAAAGGGCAUCGUCGUCCUCGUCUGCAGCCCGUUCGUCCUGCUGCCGCUCGCCGUCAGCACCAAGGAGGCAGCCUGUGCUUAUGUCAUAGUCCUCAUGGCGGUAUACUGGUGCACCGAGGUGGUGCCUCUGGCGGUGACAGCGCUGUUGCCGACCAUCCUCUUCCCUGUUCUCGGCAUCAUGGAGUCCAAAGAUGUGUGUAUGCAGUACCUGAAGGACACCAACAUGCUGUUUGUGGGGGGGUUGAUGGUAGCUGUGGCUGUGGAGCACUGGAACCUUCACAAACGCAUUGCGCUCAAAGUUUUGCUGCUGGUUGGGGUCCGACCUGCUUUGUUGAUGCUUGGCUUCAUGGGGGUGACGGCUUUCCUGUCUAUGUGGAUCAGCAACACCGCCACCACUGCCAUGAUGGUCCCCAUUGUCCAGGCUGUCCUGGACCAGCUCCAUGGAAAUGUGGAUCCAGAACCUUCAUCCAAGGGCCAGAUCAGGACAGUUGUGCCACACCAGGAACACCAGGAGAAAAACGUCAACAUCCUGCAAACUAUAGAACCCAACAUCCUGGAGAAAGGUCUGAAAGAACUGAUCCAAACUCAAGGUAACCUACAAAAAGUGUCUGCUGAGCACAGAGAGGAUGAGACUGAUGGAAAAGAGCUUGUCAAACCAGAACCACAAGACAAACCUCCAUCAGACCUGACCAGGAUGGACUCUGCGCUCGUGAACAUGGACAGCAGCUGUCGUCAGAUGGAGCCGGAGGACCUGAGCGAGGUGGAGGAAGAGAAGAGGAGGAUGAGCAAAGGCAUCCUGCUGUGCGUGUGUUACGCUGCGAGCAUCGGAGGCAUCGCCACUCUUACAGGAACCGGACCAAACCUGGUUCUGAUCGGACAGAUGAGCCAACUCUUCCCCCAGAACGAUGACGUCAUCAACUUUGCAUCCUGGUUUGUGUUUGCGUUUCCCACCAUGAUGCUGAUGCUGACACUCGCCUGGUUCUGGUUGCAGUUCCUCUACAUUGGCUGCAACCUGAAGAGAACGUGGGGUUGUGGGGUGGUCCAAUCAGAGAAGGAGAGAGCGGCGUAUGAAGUCAUCAGAGACGAGCAUCGCCGGCUGGGACCCAUGAGCUACGCCGAGGCCAAUGUCCUGGUGCUCUUCGUCCUCAUGGUGGCGCUGUGGUUUACCCGAGACCCCCGCUUCAUGGACGGCUGGGCCACACACAUCUUCAACUCCAAGGCCGAGUUCGUCACUGACGCGACCGUCUCCCUGUUUGUUGCUGUCUUAUUGUUUGUUUUUCCCUCUGAGCCACCGCGCUACCUCUGCUGCUGGAGGAGCUCUGACACAGAGUCUCAGGCAUCACGAGGCCCCGCCCCUCCUCUGCUUACCUGGCAGGUGACUCAGAAGAAGAUGCCCUGGAACAUUGUUCUGCUGCUGGGGGGAGGCUUCGCCCUCGCGAAGGGCAGCGAGGAGUCCGGAUUGUCCCGCUGGCUCGGUACUCAGAUGACACCGCUCCAGUCCAUCCCUCCAUGGGCCAUCGCCAUCGUCAUCUGUCUCCUCGUCGCCACCUUCACUGAAUGCGCCAGCAACGUUGCCACGGCAACACUCUUCCUGCCCAUCCUGGCCUCCAUGUCCCAGUCCAUGAGCCUGAACCCUCUGUACGUGAUGAUCCCCUGCACCCUCAGUGCCUCCUUUGCCUUCAUGCUGCCGGUGGCCACGCCUCCCAACGCCAUCGUCUUCUCCUACGGUCUCCUCAAAGUGUCCGACAUGGCUAAAACAGGAGUGGUGAUGAAUAUCAUCGGGAUCGGCUGCAUCAGUCUGGCCAUCAACAGCUGGGGUCGUGCCAUGUUUUCUCUGGACUCGUUCCCAUCGUGGGCCAACACCUCUGCACCGGUGUAGACCUGGUGCCACAAAUCUUCAGCUCUGGACUCUGGACUCUAGAUUCUGGACUCUGGACAACUGACUUUACCAACUCUGGACAGGUGGCUUUAUGGUCUGGGCUCUGAACCUUAAACUACCGUCUACGGACUUUGAACUAUUGACAAAUGUGUUUAUCAAAGUUACCACCUCUGCACUUUGGACUCUAGACUCUAGAUUCUCAACUCUAGUUACUGGACUCAGGCUUUUUGGACUAUGGACAACUGACUCAUGAUUCUGGACUUCGGACUGUUAAAAAUGUAUUCAUCAGAGUUUCCAGUUGCGGUCUUUAGAAUACUGACUCUGGACUUUGGACUCAGCUCUAAAUUUAUUUCAUUUGGGGUCCGGACACUGAACUUUGAACCAUUCACUCUGAACUGUGGAUGCUAGAUUCCUGAUGACUGACUAUGGAUUUGGACUCUGGACUUGCAACUUCUGGACCUAAGUCUCUAGACACUGGAUUCUGGACUCUGGGUGAAAUUUCCAUGAGGGGAAAAGGUUUAAAUAUUUACACUGCAGCUUGUGACAGCUGGACCUGAGCCAACAAAAGACUCCACUGAUCCAGAUCCAGGUGUUUAAAUCCUGACUGAAUCAUUGCAGCAUCUGUUGCUGAGCAUUCAUGGAGAACAUGGAGGAAAACUGAUCAGUGAACAGACUCCGGCAGAAACUGGAACCAUUUUAAUUAGUAAUUACAAAACCUGAGUAUUGUAUGUUUUGUAUUGUUUUUCUAUUUAAACACACUAGUUUUUGCUGUAUAUAUGUUUUGUAUUGUCUCCUUUCUAACAAUUUUAUUUGGACUGAAUAAACACUGGCAUGUAAUGCAGUAAUUCACUUUA